AGUAAAAUUCAUAAAAAUAAAACUAUUCGAAAUAAAAUUAUUUCUACAAGAAAUUUGAUAAACAAUGAUUGGAAAAAAUAAAACUUUCAAUUUGUUUAUUGUUUUGUCAUCGCUGGGUUUAAAUUUGAUAUUAGCCCAAAAUGUUGGUGACACUGAGAGUGGUAUUUGCUCGUGGUAUGGAGAACCAAGUGAAGAAGGAACAACUGCAAAUGGUGAACAUUUUGAUGGAACAGAUAUGACAGCUGCUCACAAAACAUUGCCAUUUAAUACUGUUGUUUCGGUUGGCUAUAAUGGUCAGACAGUUACUGUUAGAAUAAAUGAUCGAGGUCCAUUUACUCCAGGAAGAAUUCUUGAUGUUUCCAAAAGAGCAGCAACAGAUCUUGGUGUUAUUGAUAAAGGCAUUUGGGAUUGUACUCUUACAAUUGAGUCAUUACCAUAACAAGCUCAAUAAAAACAAUUAUAAAUAUUUUAUUAACAAAUUAUUGUUAAUUUAUAUUUUAAUAAUAAAAAAAAAUUAAUAAACAAAUACACUAGCAUAUUUAA